GAGUGCUUCUCACUCUCGUUUUCUUUCAUUCUCUCCAUUCUUCACCAUUCCAAUUUUCAGUUCGAUCUGAAACUUCAAAAUGGCGGAGAAGCCAAACGGAGAACCAGUCAAGCUCCACUACGAGAAAACGGAGAAGGAAAGCCUCUACGACGUCGUUUACCGUCUCGUCUCCGAACCCGCUUACACUGCAACUCAGCUUCACCGGAUCAAAACCUCCCUCUCCCCUCUCCUCCCGGAAGCUUCUAGAAACUCCUUUCGCCGCCUCCUCCUCUGGUCUCGUCAAGGCUCUCCCCUCCGCCAACUCCUCCUAAUCUCUAUUGGGGCAGUUAGUCUUGUUGCAUUGACAGGGCUUCUUGCAUUUGUGCUUUUCCUUCUGGUAGCGACUGUAAAUGCCGUUAUUGUUUCACUUCUCAUUUCUUUGGCUGUUGCUGGAGGGUUUUUGGCUCUUUUCUUCGCUUUCGUGGCUGCUAUAUAUAUUGGAGCGUUAUCAGUAGCCAUUUUUGCUGUUUCCACAGUUGUGUUUUGGUCGAUUGUGGCGGUUAUGAUUACUGCAGGAUGGAUUGGAUUCCUUUAUACCGUGUGGUUCGUAACUAGAAAGAGCAUGGGAUUUGCGAUAAACUCAUUGUGCGUCACUGGCUCUGCAAUUUCAACAUACUCUGCUGCUUGGGGAACCCGCAACCUUGUACACAAAGAUUCUGAUUAGGUGCUGAUCAGUGAUCAUAUACAUAAAUCUUAUGCGCAAGAGUUAAGUUGCAUGUGCGUGUUCUGAAAUGGUGCCUCUAGAAACCUUCUAUUGACUGGAAGAGUUUCUUAAUCCUAGAUCUUACUCGCGGUUUGGUUACAAUGGCUAUGAUUAUGUUUUGUACUUAUGAGCUGAUAGAGUGUUGAUAAAAAUGCCCACGUUGAUUGUAUGUAAUGUUUUUCAAUAUCCAAGUUGGAAUAAACAUUGGCUUUUCUUUGUUAGCCUACGUUAGUCCCAGUAUUGUACAACUUAAAGCAUACCAUGAAAUUACACUUCUAUGGUUUAUAAUGUGUUGUAGUUGCUGCAUUUGUAAGAACAAGUGUGUAUAUGUUAAGUGCGGCUAAUCAUCACAAAAAUUGAGAAAUCAAUAACAGUCCAGGAUCCUUUUAUAA